ACUGCGCUACAGAGCUGGAUGCUGAAUGAUCAAUACCGACCACCGUGUCAGAUGCUGGACCAAAUAAUACAGUCAAGAGAGACAGAGGUGAGCAUCAUGGAAACAGUGACGCAUACUUGCACACCAGGAGCUACGGUUUUAGAUCUAUCUGGAGACGACUCGGUCGAGGAUAUCGCUGAAUCGGUAGACGAGCUGCGCGAAAAAUUAGCAAACAUGAAAAGGCUGAUGGAGGAGCGAAGAGGUACCACACUCGGCGAGAUAAGCGCGAGAAAAAGGAAGGAGACCUCGGAUAUCAUAGACGGUCAUUUUCUGUCCUGGAUAUUCGGCUCGGCCCUGAUCGUCAUUCUAAGCGUCAGUUUCUACGCCUUUUACAAUCUCUACCAUGCGGUUCUGAAAAAAUUCCCCUCGCAUCACACAGAAUUAUAA